GACGUCAUGCACGUAGUAAGAGGUCAUUUCUACUGAAAUAAAAAUGUUAUCAAGGAGUAAUAGGACGCACCAAAACGCACCGCCCGGGACAGAGGGGCGGGGUCAUGGUGCUGAGGUUUCUUCCUGUGAGCCAAAGGAAACAGACUGAAGGAUUUUCCCAUUCACCCAGCAGCAGCCUCGUUGUAGACACAGUGUAUAUAAAGCUUUGACAUGGAGCCGGACACAUUGACAACUGCGCAGGAUCAAGAUGAAGAGAUCCGUCAGUCUGCACAUCAUGCUUUCAGUGAGCUCGCUGCUCAUCUUCAACCACCACCCUUCAUCCUCAUCCUCUUCCUCCUCCUCCUCUUCCUCUGUCGCUGACGGGAGGUCUAGCAAGUGCAUCGACCUGCGCCAGGUGAACAGGACGGUGAGCAGGCUUCAGAGGUACUGGGAGUACUGGAACGAACUGUGGCUCCCAAAAAACCUGCAGGACACACGGACGUGCGCGCAGGUGGCCAAUGACAUGCGCGGAGAGCUGAGUAACCGCUCGCUGUCCCCGUGGAAGUACAGACUGGACCGAGAGGAAAACAGGGAUCCUCAUGAGAUCAUGCUUGCCGAGUGUCUCUGUGAAGGCUGCAUCAUCAACCAGCGUGAAGACAUGAGCUACAACUCUGUUCUUGUGUUCGCUCCGCUGACGGUCCUGAGAAGAACUCUGUGUCCAAAUGACCCAAACAAAUACAAGGUGAAAAAGGAUUUUAUUGAAAUCCCUGUGGCCUGCACAUGUGUUGUGCCAAAGUACGCUGAAUGAUCAAAGAAACUAUCGUAAUCACAUUGGUGCUGAUUCUUUAUUAGCCAAGUUAACCAAUAACUAAAUAUCCCCUCCUGCAGCAGGGAGUUAAAUCUAUUUCAGUGUGAUCUCUGAAGGUGUCACUGGUUAUUUUUUUUUUUUGUGGGAAAUGUUUUUUCAUAAUUGACUAAUGUUUUCUCAUAAUUGACUAAUUUGAUGGUGUUUUGUGUCAGUUUGAGCCAAAGUGAAACCAGAACUGAUGUCACGUUAGCAGCCCUCAGUAGCUCUGAAGACGACAGUUUAAGGCCCCGAUCAGAGAGUCAGAGUGUUUUGCAGGUUGUAAAACACAAGGUGCACCGCACUGCCUGUACGGUUGAGUCCCGCCCUGAUCAGACGGAGCGCUUUCUGCAGCUUGCUGCGUCUUUUUUAUGUAAUACUACUGAUAAUAAUAAUACAUUUUAUUCAUACAGCGCUUUUACAGCUCUCAAAGAUGCUUUACAUUUAAAACCAAAGAAAAGAAGUAUACAUAUAAGUGCAAAGAGAUAAACAGAAGACAAGGACGAUAUACAACAACAAGGUGCAAAAGCAUAGUGCAAAACAAAGAAAAGGAGGGUGCAUGAGAAACAGAGAACAAAAAGCUAAUGUUAAAGGUUAAAAGUGGAUUUGAAAAGGUAGGUUUUGAGGAGUGAUUUGAAGGUGGAUGGAUUUGGACAGUCACGGAUGUGUAUAGGGAGGGUGUUCCAGAGGGAGGGGGCGGCUAUGGAGAAGGCUCUGUCAUGUUGGGGUUAUGUUCACGGAAGUGGGAAUAUGUCUUUGCACCAGUGAUUUUUUGGGUUACUCGUCCGUCUCAUUCUCGUGAACUCGAUAUCUCAGAAUUGGGGAAUUUCUUCAAACUUGGCACAAAUGUCAUUUUGGACUCAUCAAUGAAUUGAUCAGAUUUUGGUGGUCAAAGGUCAAGGUCACUGUGACCACGUCUGUCCCAUUCUUGAGAAUGCGAUAUCUCAAGACCGCCUCGAGGGAAUUAUUUGAAAUUUGACACAAACGUCCACUUUGAGUCAAGGAUGCAGAGGUGGGACCAAGUCAACUCCCAAGUCCUCUUCAACAAACACGUUGCCAAUAUUAAAUUUACAAAACUCAUGAAGGCUUUUAAAAAUGUACUUCUUAAAGCAGGUUUAUUAAAAAGUUCCUUAGCUGUUAAGCUAACGUUACAUGAGCAUUAGCUUGCUGUGUUAAUGUUAGCCUCCACUUACUGAUCUUUGUGCAACUAGAAAUGUCGAAUAAAGUUGGGAGUUGUUGCAUCUUUGUCUGUAACUUUUGACCUGCAUGUUUUACAUACCGCAAUUCGCCCUGUUAACAAACAAAAAAUAAAAUAAUGAAAUGUUACUGUUGUAGUGGCUCCAGGUGGAGCUGGGAGCAUGCCUAUGUUCCCACAACUCUGUGUUCCCACAGCUCUAUGUUGCCACAGCUCUGUGUUCCCACAGCUCUAUGUUGCCACAUUUCCUUUUUCAUAAAUUUAUAUCAGAUUUACAUACGUGCAUGUACCCACGAACAUAAAUAUGUAGCCUACAUACAUAAUGUAUGUAUUCAGGUACAUAUGCAUGUGCGUGUAUGUAUGUAUGUGUAUGUAGGUAUGUAUAUGCAUAUAUGCAGCAUGUGAUUGUAUUACAUGUAUAUACCGUUGCGUAUUUGUACUUAUCUGGUUUUGUUUGUCUGACUUAAGGAAAUGAAAACAAGGGUUCGCUAUCUAUAAGUUCUGCUUCAGCCGAAACCCUUUUCGAUCAGCCUAUUUUAUUUUUUCCUGUAAUGAUUGUGAUUGUGACGAUUUCUGCUGCUGCUGAUCGAAAUAAAAUUACUCAUUCAUUCAUUUAUUAUAAAGUGCUUCCAAAAAAUCUUGUGGGAAGAUAGGGCUUAAAUUGAAGGGAAAUGUAGAAACACAAGACCUAAUUUUGAAAAUGUCCUAGAAAUGUAGUAAUAUAGGGUUUAAUUUUGAGAAAAAUCUUAGAAAUGUGGGAACAUAGGGCCUAAUUUUACGAAAAAUCUUAGAAAUGUGGGAACAUAGGGUUUAAUUUUGAGUAAAAUCUUAGAAAUGUGGGAACAUAGAGCCUAAUUUUAAGAAAAAUCUUAUAAAUGUGGGAACAUAGGGCCUAAUUUUACGAAAAAUCUUAUAAAUGUGGGAACAUAGGGUUUAAUUUUGAGUAAAAUCUUAGAAAUGUGGGAACAUAGGGCCUAAUUUUAAGAAAAAUCUUAGAAAUGUGGGAACAUAGGGUUUAAUUUUGAGUAAAAUCUUAGAAAUGUGGGAACAUAGAGCCUAAUUUUAAGAAAAAUCUUAUAAAUGUGGGAACAUAGGGCCUAAUUUUAAGAAAAAUCUUAGAAAUGUGGGAACAUAGGGUUUAAUUUUGAGUAAAAUCUUAUAAAUGUGGGAACAUAGAGCCUAAUUUUACGAAAAAUCUUAGAAAUGUGGGAACAUAGGGCCUAAUUUUACGAAAAAUCUUAGAAAUGUGGGAACAUAGGGUUUAAUUUUGAGUAAAAUCUUAGAAAUGUGGGAACAUAGGGCCUAAUUUUAAGAAAAAUCUUAUAAAUGUGGGAACAUAGGGCCUAAUUUUACGAAAAAUCUUAUAAAUGUGGGAACAUAGGGCCUAAUUUUACGAAAAAUCUUAGAAAUGUGGGAACAUAGGGCCUAAUUUUAAGAAAUUUUACGUGAGGCCAUGAAGAUGAGGCCAGACGGCGUUCCGUCUCUGUAGCUUCAGCUCUGAUUUCCAUCUUUCUGGGCCUAUUUUGGGGCUUAGUAUCAUUUUCAGCUUCUUAAAAUAUGAAAGAGAUAGUGACAGUGAUAGUGAAAUACUGGCUACAGCUGUGUGACGAAACAAACACCAAAAUAAUCUGAGCGUCAAAUGGAAUGUAUUCAUAAUAAAUAAGCCACAAUAACCUAAAUAACCAGCGUCGAUUAAUCAGUCAGUGAUAAUGUGUGUGUGUGUGUGUGUGUGUGUGUGUGUGAGAUAUACAGGCAGCAGCAACAGCAACUCUCCUGUUGACACCGACACACGUGUCAGCAGCCGUAGGGAUUUAGGGCUGUUGGCAGAGAACGCAGCAGCAAGCGAACACGCCGUCUUCUGACAGGUUUAAACCAACUUGGCCAGCAGACUUUGCUACAAGUUGAUAGGUAGUAGAAAAUGGCGGCUGCUGGUGAUUUGACCAGCGAAGUGUCAGGUGACACCAUCAGUCGGCUAGAGUCGAGCUCAGACCGGCCGGUUCAUACCGCUGCACCCUUUCUGUAUAAACGGUUUUAUCUCAAAGCAAAUCUCUGGUCUAAAUUAAGCUUUAGACAUCUGAACCUCUUUUUUGUAACAUGUCAAAAGCAAAAGCUAAACAUGUCAAAUAUCGUCUGAAAAGUAACCAGUUAGAAUAACGUCAGAUAAACAGAGUGCAGUAAACAGUAGAGAUGUAGUGGAGUUGAAGUAUAACGUAGCAUAAAAUGGAAAUACUCAAGUAUAGUUCAAGUACCUCAAAAUCGUACUGAAGUCAGGCGUCAGAGCCGCCGUCAGAGAUGGUCAAAGGGUACAGAUGACCCCGGCCCAGGGCCGACGGGAUCUAUGGCUGACCUUUAAAUGAGAUCAAAUGCAACAAUUUACCUACUGACGUAUAUCACUGACAAUACAAGUUCUAUGUAUUUACAUGAUAAAUAAAUGUAUUUGAACACUUUUCAACGUGCCAUCUGAUGCCCAUGCCCCGGUUCUUAUUAAUGCCUCUGCACACUGGGGGUCCGUAAACAGUCUUGAAAUUGCAUCCAGUAAGUUUCGACACAAACUUCCAAUAAAUACAGCCAUAUAAAUUUUAAUCCAAGCCCAGUCAAAAACUGCUCACUGGCAUGAAUUUAAAUACCGUGGCCUACUUCAGCUGGUGACAUAAGCCAUCUAGUGGUGUGGUGGGAUAAUACCUUUAACACAAAUCAAACAUAUGGAUCCAAAAAGACAGAGGUACAAGUAGAUACAAAAUACACGUGUAGAUAGGAUUAAUUGAAAUAUAUUCACAGGAAGUAUAAAAACGUGCAGGGUGGGUGUGGAUGAGGGGCCCACUUUUGAAAAUGUUGUCUCCCUGCCCAUGUUUCCUAACAGCUGGCCUGACUGAAGUCCAGUACUUGAGUAGUUGUACCUGGUUAAACGACCGCCGACCAGCUCCUCUGAAGCUCACCUACUGACAGAUUAUAUCUCAUUUGCUUUACCAGCAACAGUUCCAAAAACCUCAACCCAAACCAGGCUAGCUGUUUCCACCUGUUUCCAGUCUUUAUGCUAAGCUAUGCUAACUGUCUCCUGUCUGUAGCUUCAUGUCUAACUGACAAACCUGAAAGUGUUGUCGAUCUUCUCGCCUCAGCAGGACAGUGUGUUUCUCAAAAUGUCAAACUAUUCCUUGAAAGCAGGACAGUAUUAGACACGUGCACGUUAAGUUACACGCGUGUUACUUUAGUCUCUAAAACACACUUUGAUUAAUUUACAUUUAAAAACUGUAAAACAUCAAACUCCUCUGAGUUUCGGAGCUUUGUGGAGUCCUGUGUUUAUGAAAUGAGCCUCAUCAGGCUAAAUGUGAGAACUUUAAUUAUAUUUUUUUAAAUAUAUUUUUUAUUCAUGCAGUAUUUUCAAAUUGUGAUGCAGAUGUAAUGCAGUGGUAAUGCAGAUGUAAUCACUGUGAGGAGGCCAGUGAACUAAUUUGUUUUGAAACUGUGAAUGUCGGCCUCUGUUGGAUAAAAUGUGUAACUGCAAGUUACACUUCAGAUUUAUUAUUGGCUGUUUCUGCACUGUGGGACACUUUAUGAAGUAUUUGUAAACCUUGAUCCUGAAAGAGGAGUAAAUGUGACAAUUAAAUAUUGAGAAAUGGUCCUUCACUGGUCCAGUGUUGAAGUUAGAGUUGUCAUUCUGUCUUGUGUAAAAAGCACACACACCUGAACUGCUGCUGAUCUCAUCUGAAAUAAUAAUUCAACUCUGUUCAUGUUCUUUUUCACUUGCGCUUUUUAAAAAAAUAUUAUUUACUAAAACAAAAAUAAAAGGUUUCAUUGA